UCAGCUACUACAAAGCUAGCUAACAUUCAAGUUCAUCUCUUUGUCGUUUCUAAGCUUUAAAAAAAUGGACGUAGUAGCAAAGAUGGCCGGGAAGAAAGCCGUAGUGAUCUUUAGCAAGAGCACGUGUUGCAUGUGUCACGCAAUCGAGAGGCUAUUUUACGAGCAAGGAGCGAGCCCGGAGAUUCACGAGCUCGAUCGGGAGUUAAGAGGGAAGGAAAUGGAGAUGGCUCUCUCGAGGUUGGGUUGCAGCCCCGCCGUGCCCGUGGUGUUCAUCGGCGGAAAGUUCAUCGGCUCCGCCAACACCGUGAUGACGCUUCAUCUCAAUGGCUCCCUAAAAAAAUUGCUAAAGGAAGCUGGAGCUAUAUGGCUUUGAUGUUUCUUAGUUUCCUUUUGUGUUGUAAAUAUGCAAUGUAACGGUCAAAAUAAGUAAUGGAAAUGAUAACUUAUGAAA